AUGGCUCCACCUCAUAGACAUCACAAUUUCCGUCCGGAAAAUGUGUUAAAGCGUGCUGAAGAUUUGAUUGCUGUUGACCAAAGAGAUGCAGCUUUGGAAACAUUGUACGAAUUAAUCACAUCCAAGAGAAUUCGUUACUUAGCAGUUCAAGAUUUAGAACCAAUUGCUUUGUUACUUAUCGAGUUAGCUGUUGACUUAAGAAAGGGUAAAUUAGCCAAGGAUGCUUUACAUCAAUAUAAAAAGAACGUCCAAAUGUCUGAAAAUGGUCUUGAAUCCGUGCAAGUUAUUGUUCGUAAAUUCAUCGAAUUAGCCGAAAAGAAGUUAGAAGAAGCCCAAGCUAAGGCAGAUGUCAAGAUUGACCAAGAAGAAGACGAAGACUUAGAAGCAGCACAGACUCCAGAAAGCAUUUUAUUAUCGGCAGUCUCAAAUGCUGAUUCCGCUGACCGUACUGAACGUGAAUUGGUCAACCCAUGGUUGAGAUUUUUGUGGGAAGCUUUAAGAGCAGUUUUGGAUAUAUUGAGAAAUAACUCCAAGUUGGAAGUGACCUACUCAGCUAUCGUUAAUCAAGCAUUCCAAUUCUGUUUGAAGUUCAAUAGAAAGGCUGAAUUCAGAAGAUUAUGUGAAUUAUUAAGAGGACACAUGCAGUCUGUCACCACCCAAAUCAAACCAGUUGGAAAUAUGAAUGCUAUCGACUUAUCUGAUUCUGAAACAGUUCAACGUUACUUGGAUCAACGUUUUGCUCAAUUGAAUAUUUCUGUCAAAUUAGAAUUAUGGCAGGAAUCUUUCCGUUCUGUCGAUGACGUUCACACCUUGAUUACCGCCUCUAAGAAGGCUCCAAGACCAGUCAUGAUGGCUAACUACUAUGAAAACUUAGGUAGAAUCUUUGCUGUUUCAGGUAAUUCUUUGUACCACGCUGCUGCCUGGAACAAAUUUUUCAACUUGUACUGCCAAUCUCCAAAUGCCACCGAUGACGAAUUAAGUCAUUAUGCUUCUAUCCUUGUUUUAGCCACCUUAUCUGUUCCCCAAAAAUCUCUUAACAGUAAUGAAACUGUUGUUGAUGAUCAUAAGGCUAAGAAUGCUAAAUUAACUUCAUUAUUGAACUUGAACCAAGUCCCAACUAGAGACACUUUAUUGAAGUCUAUUGUCAGUAGAUCCAUUUUAAGUUUUGUCGAUCCAGCAGUGAAGCAAUUAUUUACUGUCUUAGAAGAAGAUGAAUUCCACCCAUUAACCAUCAAGAAAAAGGUUUCAGAAGUUUUCCAAGUUAUUCAAUCAGACAAGAACUACAAGCAAUAUAUCCCAACUUUAACUGAAGCAAUCUUGAUCAGAUUAUACCAACAAGUUUCCCAAGUCUAUGAAACUGUUAAAUUGGAUUUCUUAGUUUCCUUGGGUAUCAUUGAAGGCACUGAAUUUUCUUUAAGCGCAUUAGAAGUUGAAAACUUAAUCGUUAAUGGUGUCAAAGAUGGCUACUUAUCAUUGACUAUUGACCAUGAGACCGACGUUGUCACAUUGAAAUCUAAGCCAUUUGAAGACGCUUUUACUGAUUCAUCAAGCUCCAAAUUACAAAUAUCUCCAUCUGAAUUAGUUAGAUCUCAAUUAUCUAAGUUGGCUCAGACUUUGUCUUCGUCCGCCAAGGUUAUUGACCCAGAAUAUGAGGUCCGUAUCCAAAAGACCCGUGAAGAAGCUUUGAAGAAUGCUAUUGCUGAUAUGGCAAGAGAACAACAAGAAAUUGCUGAUCGUGUCAAUGUUAUGGAAGAACGUAAGCGUAUCGCUGACAAAGCUAAGCGUCAACAAGAAGAGGAAGCUGCCAGAUUAAGACAAGAGGCCACUAUUGCUGAACAAAAGGCUGAACAAGAAAGAAUAUUAGCUGAACAAGAAAGAAGAAACUUAGAGAAGUUAGAAAGAGAAAGGCAAUUGGUCAAGGAAAAAGAAAAAUUGAAAAUUGCUGAAGAAAUUAACGCAAAGGGUAUUAUCAAGCUUGACUUGAAUAACUUAGACGAUUUAGACACCGAAAAAUUGAGAACCAUGCAAAUCGAACAGUUGAAUAAGGAUAAGAAAAACUUAGAAGAACGUUUGAAGGUUUUGUCCAAGAAGAACGAUCAUACUGAAAGAGCAUUCAGACGUUAUGAAUUACAAUACUUAGAAAAGGAUGCUGAAAAGCAAAAGGAGGAAGAUAUCAAGAAUUACGAAUCUUUAAAGCAACUUAAGAUCAGUAAAGCUAAGAAAGAACACGAAGAAUCCUUGGCAUUGAGAGAGCGUUUACAACGUAUUAUUCCAGACUUCGAGCCAUUUAAGAAAAUGAUUGACGAAAAGCAUUCAAGUAAAUUAGCUGAAUUAAGAAAAGAAGCUCAAGCUGCUUUUGAACAGGCAAAGAGAGAACGUAUUGAACGUGUCAAGCACCAACGUAUUGAAGAGUUAAUGGAAAGACGUGAAUACGAACGUAAAGAAGCCGAAGAAGCUGAAAUAAAGAGAAUGCGCCAAGAAGAAAUGGAUAAGUUCAAGGAAGAACUUAGACUUCAAAAAGAAAAAGAUUCUGAAUCAUUAAGAAGAAGACAAGAAAUGGCUAAUCAAGCCACUAAACCAGCUGCUCCAGAACCUGCACCAGCUCCAGCACAAGAAAAGCCUAGCGCACCUUUGACUUUCGCUGAAAAGAUGAGAUUAAAGAGACUUGGAAAGCUGAACUGA